CACGAUGAAGAUGUUCACGCUCCUCGCCAUUUUGGUUUCGAUAACACCCCCUUGCCUAAAUUCGCAAUGUCGAAUUCUCUUCGAGGAUCUGGAGAUUGACGGCUUGGAUGAGAGACACGCCAUGAUCGUUGGUGCAGUCUACGAGGUUAAAGGGAGCGCGCAAAACCGCGCCAACGUGACCUUCCUCUGGAAGAAGGAGUUGCCCGAAGGCACAAAGAUACGCGUAAAGGCGACCCGCUGGGCGAAGAACGACUACAAGUUCCUCAUAUUCAACAUCGAACGGCCAAUGAGGAGCUUUCUGGAGAUGAACGCGUUCGGGAUUUACGAAUUGUGCCACGAGCAAGUGAGACCCCCGGCUGUUUGGCCCUUGAAGACGAACACCCUCUAUCGGCUCACCGGAUUUUAUAUGGACGGAUCGAAGAUUCCGCCAAACCUCCCGGACGGAAAAUGGCGUGUUACUCAAUCCAUUUCGUUACCAAAUAGAUCUAUCAUUGCGAAUAUGACUUGGAAAGUGCGGAUGGACUACGUCUAA